AUGGACACGAACAGGCUCGCGAAGGAGUUAAAGGAGAUCCAGGCGGACACGACCUCGGGGGUCACCGUCCGCGUCCUGGGGGAUAACAUGGCGCACAUGCAGGGCACGAUCCUGGGCCCCGAGGAGUCGCCGUACCAGGGCGGGAAGUUCGUCGUGGACAUCCAGCUCACGAACGCGUACCCGUUCGAACCGCCGAAGAUGCGGUUCAUCACGAAAGUGUGGCACCCGAACGUGUCGUCCGCGAACGGGGCCAUCUGCCUCGACAUCCUGAAAGAGCAGUGGUCGCCCGCGUUGUCUAUCAAGACCGCGAUGUUAUCCCUGCAAGCGCUGUUGUCCUCACCGGAACCGAGCGACCCGCAAGACGCGGUCGUCGCGAGGCAGUACCUGGACGACAUCGCGCUGUUCAACGCGACGGCGAAGGCGUGGACGGAGGAGCACGCCAAGGACGGCGCCAAGGAUGAAAAGAUGGAGAAGUUCAAAGAGAUGGGAUUCCCGGAGGUUGACAUCGUCAACGCGCUCGCGCGAGCCGCGGGGGACGAGGCGCAGGCGUUGGAGUUGCUGCUCACGGGGUUAUGA